GUGCUGGCGAGUCUGGGAAAAGCACCAUUGUGAAGCAGAUGAAGAUAAUUCAUGAGGAUGGCUACUCAGAGGAGGAAUGCAAACAGUAUAAAGUGGUUGUCUACAGCAACACCAUCCAGUCCAUCAUUGCAAUCAUAAGAGCCAUGGGGAGGCUAAAGAUAGACUUUGGGGAAGUUGCCAGAGCUGAUGAUGCCCGUCAGCUCUUCGUGCUGGCGGGCAGUGCAGAGGAAGGUGUGAUGACCACCGAGCUGGCGGGUGUCAUCAAGAGGUUGUGGAGAGAUGCUGGAGUUCAGGCCUGCUUCAGCAGAUCCAGGGAGUACCAGCUGAACGACUCGGCCUCCUAUUACCUGAACGACCUGGAUAGAAUAUCCCAGCCGAGCUACAUCCCCACCCAGCAGGACGUCCUGCGCACCAGGGUUAAAACCACGGGCAUCGUGGAGACUCACUUCACCUUCAAGGACCUGUACUUCAAGAUGUUUGAUGUUGGUGGCCAACGGUCGGAGCGGAAGAAGUGGAUCCACUGCUUUGAAGGGGUGACUGCCAUUAUCUUCUGCGUGGCCCUCAGUGAUUAUGACCUUGUCCUGGCUGAGGAUGAGGAAAUGAACCGGAUGCACGAGAGCAUGAAACUGUUUGACAGCAUUUGUAACAACAAGUGGUUUACAGACACAUCCAUCAUCCUCUUCUUGAACAAGAAAGACCUGUUUGAGGAAAAGAUUAAGAAAAGCCCACUAACAAUCUGCUACCCAGAGUACACAGGCUCCAACACGUACGAGGAGGCAGCUGCCUACAUCCAGUGUCAGUUUGAGGACCUGAACAGGAGGAAAGACACCAAGGAGAUCUACACCCAC